GAAGGCUGCGCAUGCGUAGGGCUCACAGGCGGUGGCGGCGGUGGCAGCGGCUGCUUGCGCGACUCGUUGGUCUCGACGGGGAAGCGGUGGGCGGCUGAGGCGAAGGGCAGAUUUAUUCUGCUUACGUGUGUAACCUAAAGCAAGAGUUGCUCCUGUCGUCUCUUUCUCUCAGUGCUUGUAAGAGAAGUCAGAAGAUGGUGAACGUUCUGAAAGGUGUUCUGAUUGAAUGUGACCCAGCAAUGAAGCAGUUUCUGCUCUACUUGGAUGAAUCAAACGCACUGGGAAAGAAAUUCAUCAUACAAGACCUGGAUGAAACUCAUGUCUUUGUAUUAGCUGAGUUGGUUAACUUCCUCCAGGAAAGAGUGGGGGAGUUAAUGGACCAGAACUCCUUUCCUAUUACUCAGAAAUAAAAAGAUUAAAGGAGAUUACUGGGAGUUUUGGAAUAGUGA